GGACGCUCGGGAACGCGCAGGAGCUCCGCGAGGGGGCGGGGCCGGGCGCGGGGGGGAAAUUUGCAGUGGUGAGAAAAUGUAUAAAGAAAGAUUCUGGGAAAGAAUUUGCAGCAAAGUUCAUGAGAAAAAGAAGAAAAGGCCAAGAUUGUCGAACGGAAAUAAUUCAUGAGAUUGCUGUACUUGAACUAGCACAGGAUAGUCCUUGGGUCAUUAAUUUACAUGAAGUUUAUGAGACUCCAACAGAAAUGAUCUUAGUUCUGGAAUAUGCUGCUGGGGGUGAAAUCUUUGACCAGUGUGUUGCAGACAGAGAAGAAGCCUUUAAAGAAAAAGAUGUUCAAAGACUCAUGCAACAGAUUCUAGAAGGUGUUCGCUUUUUACACACUCAUGAUGUUGUUCAUCUUGAUUUGAAGCCUCAGAAUAUUCUGCUGACAAGUGCAUCGCCAUUGGGUGACAUUAAGAUAGUUGAUUUUGGUCUUUCAAGAAUAAUGAAGAAGAGUGAAGAGCUCCGAGAAAUUAUGGGUACUCCUGAAUAUGUGGCUCCUGAAAUUCUUAGUUAUGAUCCUAUCAGCAUGGCAACGGAUAUGUGGAGCAUUGGAGUGCUAACAUAUGUCAUGCUUACAGGAAUAUCACCUUUCUUAGGUGAUAAUAAACAAGAAACAUUCUUAAACAUCUCACAGAUGAAUUUAAGUUAUUCUGAGGAAGAAUUUGAUGUUGUGUCUGAGACAGCUAUUGACUUCAUCAAGACUCUUUUAGUUAAGAAACCUGAAGAUCGAGCCACUGCUGAAGAAUGUCUGAAACAUCCUUGGUUAACACAGAGCAGUAUUCAGGAUCCUUCUUUCAAGGUGAAAGGGGCAUUAGAAGAAGCAUAUGUCUUCCAAGAAGGUGAUUCCGUGCCUCAAGUUAAUCCAGAUACUGAUAAACCAGAAACUGAGGAAUCAGUUGUAACAGAGGAGUUAAUUGUAGUUACUUCAUAUACUUUAGGACAAUGCAGACAGUCUGAAAAAGAGAAAAUGGAGCAAAAGGCCAUUUCCAAGCGAUUUAAAUUUGAGGAACCUUUGCUACAAGAAAUUCCAGGAGAAUUUAUCUACUGAGUAGUAUUUCCUUUAGAACUUUAAGAUUUCUACAUUGAAAAUGUUAAUAUUAUUUAUGGACCUCUGGCCAAAUAGUACAUGUACUGGAAGUGGAUAACCAGGUGUCACUUACGCAAACAAAAAUAAGUUUGUGGAGUUAGGUGGAGUUAGGUGACUCAAGAAGCUAGAUUUAUAAAGUUGCCAACCAGAGAUUUAACAGGUACAGCUAUCUGUUGCAAUGUUAUUUUUAAGAAGGGAGAUGUUUGCACCUUUUAAUUCUACAUCCUGUUUCUCCAGAAUGAGAAUUUGUGUGCAAAGAUAUUUGUAUUCACUUUCUCUAAAAUUUGAAGUAAAAGUGCCAAAACUACAUUUCUGUAAAUCUCUUUUGCAUUAUUCAUAUGUGUAUCAUCUGUAUCUGCACACAUGUAUGUUGGAAUCUUUACUAAAAUUGAUACUUUUCACUUUGGAUUUGUUUUUGAGAAGAUUUUAAUUUAAAUAGACAUCAUCUAAAAUUUUGAGACCUAGAAUAACAUUCAUUAUAGUUGGAUAAUGCCUUAUUUUUAUACUGCUUUAUAUUGAUUUGAUUUGGCUUCUGUUGUCUCUGUUUUUGCCUGAUGUUUGUAACCUAUCAGUAAAAAAACUCUGGCUAA